AUGGAUGUGCAAGCACUUUUCCGAUGGAUGGCAGACAGGGAGGACGCAGCACGGGCCGAGAGGGAAGAACAGCGGCGAGAAGACGCAGCACGUUUCGAAGCUCUGCUAACAAGACUUGCGCCGCUUACAUCACAGUCUUCGAGUACUGCUGGGAGCGCCUCUGCCCCGCCAGACCCGCCUGUUGCACCACCGACUCCUAGAGCGGCUGUACAGCCCACACCUCCUCUUCCUUCGGAUGUUACGUACCAACAGUUCAGGGAAUGGAGGCGGAAAUGGGAAGAUUACGCAACUAUGGUGGAGAUCGCAAGCCUGCCCCGCCCCAAACAGCUGAUCCAGUUACGGAUGUGCCUUUCAUUGGAGACUCAGAGAGUGCUGGAGCACACGCUACAGGUGCAUCCAAGCUCCACUUCUCCCGUCGACGAGGUGCUCGAUAUUCUCCAGAAACACAUCAAGGAAUCCAGCAACGAGGCACUGAGGCGGCGGGCGUUCACCACCUGCAAACAGGCUACAGGAGAGUCUUUCGCAGACUUCUUUGUGAGGCUCAAGAGUUUGUCUGAAGAGAUUGAUGUCUGCAAAGCUCACAGCACAGAGUGUAAAGAAGCCUGGCUCAAGCACGGCAUCCUCACUGGUGUGCAGGAUGAGGAAGUAAUGCAGAAGAUCAUCGCCCUCGACGCUGCAGCCACACUCGCGGACGUCGUGACAUUGUGCCGCUCCAACGAGGCCACCAGGACGGCUGCCUCGGCCUUACGUGCUCCUCCUGGAGUCCGUGCUGUCUCUCAGUACAGGAAAGACAAGAAGAUGGACCAUAGAACCAAGGCAGACGCACGUUCGGCUGUGUCUUCACCGCCCCCUUCCUGCAGUAAUUGCGGCAAGCAACAGCACGGCCCCAAAGACUGCCCUGCUACGGAGGCAGUGUGCCACGGUUGCGGCACGACAGGGCACUGGUCACAUACAGAAAAAUGUCCAGCCAAGACUGUCCAGUGCAAGGCAUGCAGCCGAUAUGGACACUUCGAGAAACUCUGCAAGUCUUCCAGGCCCAAGAGUCAACAUUCCGCGAAACCCAAGCCUCAGAAGUCGAAGAAAAACGGCCGUGCCACUAUUCAUGUGGUGCGAACACAGUCUCCGUCAGGGGUCCCCAUGUCUACCAGGCAGCAAGCGAGCAGCGUACGCAGAGUCUAG